AUGAUGGAAGGAAAGGAAAAGGACAACACCACCGUUGGCGCCGCGCCUGAAGUGGACUCCGGUUCCGGUCAAAGCGCCUCUAUUCCCGUAGAUGGCGAGGGCAUCAGGCGUGACUUGGAGUCCCGGCACAUCAACAUGAUUGCGAUUGCUGGAAUGAUUGGAACUGGUCUGUUCCUCAGUUCCGGUACAACUAUUGCUACUGCAGGGCCUGCCGGAGCCCUGCUGGCUUACAUCGUCAUGGGUCUCGUGACCGCCGGUGUGUCGUAUACGACGGGGGAGAUUACAUCUUUCAUGCCAUCAACCGGUGGCUUCAUUCGGCAUGCGACUAAAUUUGUUGAGCCAGCGCUUGGUGCGGCCACUGGCUGGAACUUUUGGUAUACCAUGUCGAUUUCCGUUCCUGCCGAGAUCAGUGCUGCCGCAACCCUGAUCCAGUUCUGGAAUACAUCGGUAAACCCCGGAGUCUGGAUCACCAUAUUUCUGGUGUUCAUAGUCACGGUCAACUUCUGCGGUGUCCGACUCUAUGGUGAAACUGAAGUCAUUUUCGCUUCUUUAAAGAUCAUGACAAUCAUCGGCCUUAUCAUCGGUGGUCUGGUCAUUGAUCUUGGUGGCGGGCCUAACGGCGAUCGGAUAGGCUUCCGUUACUGGCAGAAUCCCGGUGCAUUUAAUAAUUAUCUAGUCACCGGCUCAGCUGGCAACUUCCUGGCUUUUUGGAAAGUCUUGCUCUCGGCCGCUUUCAGCUACGGCAACAUUCAAGUCGUCGCCAUUUCGGGUUCCGAGACUCGACAGCCGAGGAAGAUCAUUCCCGCAGCUACGAGGAAGACUUUCUUCCGGGUAUUCUUCUUCUACAUUCUCAGUAUUCUUAUUGUUGGAAUGAUUGUCCCAUCCAACGACCCAUCUUUGAGCAUUUCAACCGGAACCGCCCAACAGUCCCCGUUCGUCAUCGCUUUCACUCGCUCAGGUGUCUCGGUCUUGCCGUCCAUCAUCAACGCCGUGGUCUGCACUUCUGCCAUCAGCAGCGGCUCCGCCUGCGUCUUCAUCGCAUCCCGAACCCUAUACGGCCUCAGCUGCGACGGCCAUGCUCCCAGAAUCCUCCAGCGCUGCAAUAGAUUUGGGACACCUCAUUACGCCGUGGCUUUGACCUGCGUCCUCAUGCCGCUCGUCUAUCUCAAUGUGGCCAAUAACACCUCUGUCGUCUUUGGUUGGUUCGUCAACAUCACAACGGUUGCCGGCUUAAUUGGUUGGAUAGUGAUUGAAGUGACAUACCUCCGCUUCUUCGCUGGGCUCAAAGCACAGGGUUACUCUAGGAAUGAGCUCCCAUACAGCGUUCCUGGCCAGCCAUAUAUAUCUUGGGCCACCCUCGUCAUGGUUGUCCUUGUUGUUUUCUUCUCAGGCUUCGAUGUCUUCACCACCGGAAACUUUACUGCCUCGGGGUUCUUGACGUGCUACCUUAAUGUCUUUAUUUUUGCGAUCCUCUACAUCUUUUUCAAAUUCUAUCUCAAGUCUCGAGUUAUCCCGGUAGACGAAAUGGAUUUCGAAACGGAGUUUGCAUCAAUUAGAUAUGAGAAAGCACAAGAAGACGUGUAUGGACCUGAGAAGGCGAGAUUCAAGCAGUCGCUCCGUAAAAUAAUCCACGCCGUGUAG